AUGAUGUCCAUGCAAAUGAGUGAGGCGGACAGUAUGGUGAAGGUGGCUGAGUGGCAGCAGACAUACUAUGCCUCAGACUCUGGAAUCCAAUCAGGAGCCACCACAGUACGGGAUGAUGAGAGCAGCACAGAAUACAGUGGCAAUAAGAAGUAUGGCGUCAGUACAACAACCAGCACAACCACUGCCCCCACCGCUGCCUCUGCUGGAGGAGGAGGAGGGGACACCGCAGCUAGUGGACUAGAGAGCCCUUCAGACCUAGAAGCACAGUACUCACUUACGCGGGCUCAGCGAGUCAGGGCCGCAAUGUUCCCAGAGACCCUGGUGGAGGGAGAGGCAGCCAUGCCACUCCAAUCAGAUCCGUCACAGCAGAGCAACGUGCAGCGACUGGCUGAGCCCUCUCAGCUGCUAAAGACAGCAAUCGUCCACCUGAUAAACUACCAGGAUGAUGCUGAGUUGGCAACAAGGGCAGUGCCAGAGCUCACCAAGCUGCUGGCAGAUGAGGAUCCGGUUGUGGUGAACAAGGCGGCCAUGAUAGUCAAUCAGCUGACCCGAAAGGAGGCAAGUCGACGGGUUCUAGUACAGUCUCCGACCAUGGUGGGUGCAGUGGUGCGCGCCAUGACGACAGCAGUUGACAUGGAGACAGCCCGUUGUGCAGCCAGCGUGCUCCACAGUUUGUCACACCAGACGGAGGGUCUGCUGGCCAUAUUUAAGUCUGGAGGGAUACCUGCACUGGUCCGCAUGCUGAGUUCCCCAGUGGAAUCAGUCUUGUUUUACGCCAUCACCACCCUCCACAACCUACUGCUCCACCAAGAGGGAGCCAAGAUGGCUCUGCGUCUGGCUGAUGGCCUGCAAAGAAUGGUUCCCUUACUAAAAAAGAGCAAUCCCAAGUUCCUGGCCAUCACCACUGAUUGUCUGCAGCUCUUGUCCUAUGGCAACCAGGAGAGCAAGCUAAUCAUCCUUGCUAAUGGUGGCCCAGAGGGCCUGGUGUUCAUCAUGAGGAACUACAACUAUGAGAAGCUACUAUGGACCACUAGCCGUGUUCUCAAAGUACUGUCUGUGUGUCCCAGCAACAAGCCAGCCAUAGUGGAAGCUGGUGGAAUGCAAGCUUUGGGCCAACACCUUACAGGUUCAAGUCAGCGUCUCAUCCAGAACUGUCUAUGGACACUCCGCAACCUGUCAGAUGCUGCAACUAAACAGGAGGGGUUAGAUGGUCUGCUGCAGAUAUUAGUGACCCAGCUGGGCUCAGAUGAUGUCAACAUGUUGACCUGUGCAACUGGCAUCCUGUCCAACCUCACCUGUAACAAUUCACGCAACAAGACUCUCGUGACUCAGUAUGGCGGUGUGGAAGCACUGAUCCAUGCUGUGCUCCGAGCAGGGGAGAAGGAGGACGUUGCUGAGCCGGCGGUCUGUGCCCUGCGUCACCUCACAUCCCGACACCAAGAUGCAGAGCUAGCCCAGAAUGCUGUGCGUCUGCACUAUGGUAUCCCUGCUGUCGUCAAGCUGCUGGGGCAGCCACACUACUGGCCUGUCGUAAAGGCCACAGUUGGUUUGAUCCGGAACCUGGCACUGUGCCCAGCCAAUCAAGCGCCACUGAGGGAGGCAGGUGCUAUUCCUCGAUUGGUCAACCUGCUACUGAAGGCUCACCAGGACACGCAGAGACACGCCUCAUCCACACAGCAGACAUACCAGGAUGGUGUUCGCAUGGAGGAAAUAGUUGAGGGCUGCACAGGAGCACUCCACAUCCUAGCAAGAGACCCAAUUAACAGAGGAGACAUCGCCAGCAUGCAAACCAUACCACUAUUUGUACAGCUGCUGUACUCCUAUGUGGAGAACGUGAAACGAGUGUCUGCGGGUGUCCUGUGUGAGUUGGCUCUGGACAAACAGUCUGCAGAGCUCAUUGACGCAGAGGGAGCUUCAGCACCACUCAUGGAGCUGCUACACUCCAGCAACGAAGGAAUAGCCACCUAUGCUGCAGCAGUGCUGUUCCGAAUUUCAGAGGACAAGAGUUCAGAUUACAGGAAGAGAGUGUCUGUGGAGUUAACACACUCGCUCUUUAAACAUGACCCUACCGCAUGGGAAAUGACCCAUACUGCAGUUCCCUUGGAGCCUACUUACCUAACUGAUGAAUUAGAUGGCGCUUACCCUUCUUAUGGCUACACUGAUCUGCCUCUGGACACCCUGCCGCUAGACCCUGACCUCCAUGAGUCCUACAUGCAAGAUAUGACGUAUGACCCAAGACAGGCCUACCCUGAACCACUCUAA